CCCACUCGCCCUGCGCUUCACUCUUGGCCCGACGCGGCCACCGUCGCUCUCUGGAACGCUCGCUCGUGACCCGGAAGCGCAUUCUCCCUAGCAACUACGGGUCUGCGGCGGCGCCGGCCUCCGGGGAGCGACGCUCGUGACAACUGAGCUGCUCAAGGCAGGAAGAACUGUGAGCUGAAUAGUAGUGAGUCCCUGGAUCUGGAGAGAAGAGGCCACCUUGGAACCAGUAAUGAACCACUCUGACUACAAGCUGAACUUUCGGCCUCCAGGAACCCCCAGAGGUGUGUCCUCUGUGGUUGGCCCGCAUGCUGUUGGUGCUUCGCCAGGUGACAAAAAGUCAAAGAACAAGUCCAUGCGAGGGAAGAAAAAGAGCAUAUUUGAAACCUACAUGUCCAAGGAGGAUGUUUCAGAAGGCUUGAAGAGAGGAACGCUUAUCCAGGGUGUAUUGAGAAUCAAUCCAAAGAAAUUUCAUGAAGCCUUCAUUCCUUCUCCGGAUGGCGAUCGGGACAUUUUUAUUGAUGGAGUUGUUGCUCGUAAUAGAGCCUUAAAUGGGGACCUUGUGGCUGUAAAACUGCUUCCUGAGGACCAGUGGAAGCCAAGGAUAACCUUGUCUCUGCCUGGAGUGCUGGGAUUACAGGCAAUUAAACCAGAGAGCAAUGACAAAGAAACAGAAGCUACUUAUGAAACUGAUGUCCCUGAGUGCUGUGGACACCAACUCCUGCAGCAGUUCCCAAAAGGCUGUAAUAGUCCUGAUGUCAUUAUAGAGGCUCAGUUUGAUGACAGCGACUCAGAAGAUAGACAUGGCAACACCAGUGGACUGGUUGAUGGUGUUAAGCAAUUGUCAGUCCAUACUCCUGAGAAAGGAAAAGAAGAUUCUAGUGCUUCAGUUAUGAAAGAUGAGAACACCCUCACGCCACAGGACACAAGAGCCUCAUCAGAGAAGUCACUCCAGAAAUCAGCAAAGGUGGUUUACAUUUUGGAGAAGAAGCAUUCUCGAGCAGCAACCGGUGUCCUCAAACUCUUGGCGGAUAAGAAUAGUGACUUGUUUAAGAAAUACGCCCUGUUUUCUCCUUCAGACCACCGAGUGCCUAGACUUUACGUACCUCUCAAGGACUGUCCCCAGGACUUCGUGACUCGACCUAAAGAUUAUGCCAACACGCUGUUCAUCUGCCGCAUCAUAGAUUGGAAGGAGGACUGUAAUUUUGCCCUGGGGCAGCUGGCUAAGAGUCUUGGGCAAGCUGGUGAAAUCGAACCUGAGACGGAAGGGAUCCUGACAGAAUACGGUGUGGACUUCUCUGACUUCUCUUCAGAAGUUCUUGAAUGUCUCCCUCAAAGCCUGCCCUGGACAAUCCCACCUGAUGAGGUGGCCAAGAGAAGAGACCUGAGAAAAGACUGUAUCUUCACCAUUGACCCAUCAACUGCUCGAGACCUCGAUGAUGCCCUCUCCUGCAGGCCGCUCGCUGACGGCACCUUUGAAGUGGGCGUCCACAUUGCUGACGUGAGUUACUUUGUUCCUGAGGGAUCCUCUCUGGAUCAGGUGGCCGCUGAGAGAGCCACAAGUGUCUACUUGGUUCAGAAGGUGGUCCCCAUGCUUCCCAGGCUCCUGUGUGAGGAACUGUGCAGCCUCAACCCCAUGACGGACAAGCUGACCUUCUCUGUGAUCUGGAAGCUGAGCCCUGAAGGCAAGAUCCUUGAGGAGUGGUUUGGCCGCACAAUCAUCCGUUCCUGCACCAAACUGAGCUACGACCAUGCCCAGAGCAUGAUUGAAAAUCCGACAGAGAAGAUCUCCAAGGAGGAGCUGCCCCCCAUUUCUCCAGAACAUAGCAGCGAGGAGGUGCAACAGGCAGUCCUGAAUCUGCACAGCAUUGCAAAGCAACUCCGCCAGCAGCGCUUUGUGGAUGGUGCACUUCGUUUAGAUCAGUUAAAGCUUGCUUUUACUCUGGACCAUGAGACUGGAUUGCCUCAAGGAUGUCAUAUCUAUGAGUACCGAGACAGCAACAAGCUUGUAGAGGAGUUCAUGCUCCUAGCCAACAUGGCGGUGGCCCACAGGAUCUUCCGCACUUUCCCGGAUCUUGCCCUGCUUCGUCGGCAUCCCCCACCACAAGCAAAGAUGCUCAGUGACCUGGUGGAGUUCUGUGACCAGAUGGGGCUUCCCAUGGAUGUCAGCUCUGCAGGGGCCCUCAAUAAAAGCCUGACCAAAACAUUUGGAGAUGACAAGUAUUCUCUGGCCCGGAAAGAGGUGCUCACCAACAUGUACUCCCGACCCAUGCAGAUGGCGCUGUACUUCUGCUCUGGGGUGCUGCAGGACCAGGCGCAGUUCCGGCAUUAUGCUCUCAACGUUCCCCUCUACACACACUUUACCUCUCCCAUCCGCCGCUUCGCUGAUGUCAUAGUACACCGCCUCCUGGCUGCUGCUCUGGGCUACAGUAGGCAGCCAGAUGUGGAGCCUGAUACCCUACAGAAACAAGCUGACCACUGCAAUGACCGCCGCAUGGCUUCCAAGCGUGUUCAGGAGCUAAGCAUCGGCCUCUUCUUCGCUGUUCUAGUGAAGGAGAGUGGACCCCUGGAGUCUGAAGCCAUGGUGAUGGGUGUCCUGAACCAAGCCUUUGAUGUGCUGGUGCUGCGCUUUGGGGUGCAAAAGCGCAUCUACUGCAACGCACUGGCCCUGCGAUCCUACCACUUCCAGAAGGUGGGGAAGAAGCCAGAGCUCACUCUCACCUGGGAGCCUGAUGACCUUGAAGCGGAGCCAACACAGCAGGUCAUCACCAUCUUCACCCUGGUGGAUGUGGUCCUGCAGGCAGAGGCCACAGCCCUCAAGUACAGUGCUGUCCUGAAGCGGCCGGGCCCUGAGCGUUCCCUGGGCCUGGAGGAGUCUGAUGAGGAGCCUGAGGACUGAAAUCUAGCCCACGCCAGGCCUGUGCCUGCCCUGCCCUGCUGGCUUUUAGGAAUUGGACCUUUUAACACCAAAGGGGGUUUUUUAUUUGGUUUUUAACAACUCAGGGGUUUGUUUUUAUUUUUUAUUUUUUUAAUUUUAUUUUACUUUUGCAGCUCAGUUUUUAAAUGAACUGGAAGAUUGGGGGUCAGGGGAGGGAAUGCUGAGGCCUGGCCAGUGCUUCCCUGAGCAGAGAGGAUCCUAGUCCUCCUGGGCAGGCAGCCCCACUUCUCCCAGGCCACCCAUUGCCCUUCCCUGCCCAGGAAAUAGGGGGUUUCAGCAAAUCAUUGUCAUGGAAUAAAAUCAAGUGUGAAUUGCUGUCUGUGUCAAUGCCAUGGGGAAGCAUGGCAGCAGGGUGGCCUGUGCACCAAGGGCAAGGGGCUCCCUAGGGUC